CACUAAAUUAUUCUGAAUCAUUUCACCUGAGGGUCCAGAUGCUACCUGUCUCUGCUGAGCGGACCAUUAGAGCAGCCUGGUGCCGGCUAAACGCAUCCAGACUUCCACAUGAGUGGAUGCGUCUCCUUAUCUUGCGUGUCAUGAUGUCGUGUCGUGUGCACCUCGCCCCCCGCCGCGCCCACAUGCAUCAGCACCAUCACGGCCAACGCCUCCUUUUCUCUCACACAUGGUGCUUCUUCUGUCAAAGAGUCCACUCUGAAACUUGACAGAGCAAAGAACUUGUAUGUAACUUUUCUGUUUGAGUUUGUUUGAUGAUUCGUGUUUGUCAUGGUAAACCGGAGGAAGUGCUGCCUCUCUUUCUGGACCUCCGAUGUCUUUUAGCAGAUUUGUGAAGUGAAGCGAUGCAUGUGAAGGUCAAAGACUGUGUCGCUCUCAUCGUCUACACCUUCACCUUCCUGUUGGGACUUCCCGCCAACCUGUUCGUCCUCUUCGUGUACGUGCGCAAGGCCCGCAAGCGCGGUGCCACGCCCAACGUGGUCUACGCCCUGAACUUGUGCCUGGCCAACCUGGCCCUGGUGGCCUGGCUGCCGGUCAAAGCUCUGGAGACGCUGCGUCAGGACUGGAAGCUGCCGUCGCUCGUCUGCACCGUCUACAGCUUCUUCCUCUUCUCGUCGCUGUACGGCUGCUGCCUCUUCAUCACCGCCGUGACCGUGGGGCGCUACCUCAGCAUCGCCUUCCCCAUCGUCUACAAGAGAUACCGCCAUGCUCGCAUCUCUUGCUUUAUUAGCGCGGCACUUUGGGUGUUGGUGCUGCUCCACCUGGGCUUCGGCCUGGCGGCUGAAGGGGGCGCUCACUUUGUCUCUGUCAAAAAUGACACGUCAGUUUGCUACGACAAUUUCAGCCCCUCGCAGCUGGCCAUUCUGCUGCCUCUACGCCUGGAGAUGGCCAUCGUCCUGUUUCUGUGUCCCCUGAUAGUGACGUCCUUCUGCACGCUGCGCUGCGUGACUCUGGUGUGGCGUUCAAAUUUGCCCCUCAUGGGGAAGAGAAGGGUCCUGGCUGUCGCUCUCUCCACCCUGGCCGUGUUCGUGGUGUGCUACGCCCCGUACAACGCCUCGCACAUCGUGGGGUUUGCACUAGGGACAAACGUGGAGUGGAGGACAUGCGCGAUGCUCACAAGCUCCUGUAACGUUUUCCUGGAACCCGUGGUCAUGCUGAUGCUGUCGCCCGCAGGGUCCAGAGGCAUCAUGGGAAGAAUGUGCGGACGACAAAGUCAGUUCAGCCAGAUGGAAGGGGCUCGCCAUCAGUGCAACACCACCAACGGUGCCGCUAAUGCCAGGGCGCCACCUACAGUAUCUGAGAGGAGCCAAGUAGGGGUGGAGGUGAUGAAUGUCAGUCAGGAGUGAGGUCAGUGGACAGUCAGGGACAGAUUUCAACCACUUAACAAAAGGCUGACCUAAUAAAAUAUACACCUGCUUAUGUCAACAAUAUUUUAAGAAUAUAUUCACUGCCUUUUCUAAACCUUCUCACUCUCCUGCACCAAAGUCCAUAGCGAAAAUCUGCGUUUUUAGCACACAAGGACACAGAAGCUGCUGGUCUACUGCUGCCUCGUGUGGUCAGUUUGUGUCACUCAGCUAAAUCUGGAUGAUGGAUUUCGAACACCGAAGUCCCAAAUUAACACAUUUAAGAUGACUGAUGGAGUUCAGCAGUGGAUCAAUUUUAUGUAAAUGUUAUUUUGUGCCAAGAUGUUAAAACGAUGAUUUUCUCUAUGGACUUUGGUGUGGGGGAGUGAGCGGUUUACAAAGCUGUCAAACAAGGAGAGAAAGAGGCAAACAUAUUCUUACACUGGCUUGGAUUUUGUUCAGUGAGCCUUUCAUUAAGUGGCUAAACCCGAUUUUAAGGAGAGUCUGGUAGAAGACAAACAUCCUUGAAAGUCCAGAGUCAUCAGUGUUAUCUGACCAGAUCCACUUUACCUUCUCCUCGUGGAUGAACCAGCAAAUAAUCUAGACUUUAUCUCUGCCUG